UUCCUCGCGAGUUGCAGCCGAAACCGAGUACCGCGACUAACGAGAGUGAUAGAGGCUGCCAGCCUGGCUCAUCGUGCAGUGCUUAGUGAAACGUGAUGACGGGCUCGCGGAUGAGACCCGCGAUCUUCGUGGGCCUCUUCCUGGGCCUCCUAGCCAUUGCCUUGCAGGGAGUGCAAGGUGAAGAAGAGGAGAUAGAGCCAGUACCCUCGGAAGAUUUAUGUCGGCCAUACAUCGAGAAGGCGCUAAAGGAUCUCGGCACAGGAUCUCUCGAGCAGAUCAGUGCCGAGGUCGAGGGAGGUGCCAAUGAGGACGGACCCGGGACGGAAGUAUCGAACGAGCAAGGUGACGAAUCAACGAGUAAAGAAGGCGUGGAAGACAAAAGUGAAGGAUCUCAGGAAAAUAAUCGGGAAAAUGAAGAUACUGGAGAUAAUGUUGAGGUAACAAAUGAAGAAGAGGCUCAAGGUCCAUAUGACAGUGCUGAAAAAAAAGAAAACGACUCCGCUGAGGAUGAAGGCGAAAAAGCGAAUGACGACAGUAACGAGAUUGCUAAUAAUGAAGUGGAGCAGAAUGAUGCAUCUGAAGAAGAAAAAUCCGAAGAGAAAGACGAGGGAUCGGUGGAAACGAACGUAGUAGAAGACUUUAAUGAAAGUACUGAAGAGUCUAAAGAAGGUACUGAAGAGUCUAAAGAAGGUGCCGAAGAUUCUAAAGAGGCUGAAGAUUCUAAAGAAGCUGCAGAAAAGGAUUCAACAGAAGGUUCAGAAGCCGAGGUAGAUUCUAGGGAGAAAGACCAAGAAGAAUCUGGAGAGAAGAAAGAGGAUGAUGCCGAUUCAAAGGCAGAUGAUGAUGAUUCCAAAAAAUUUACUGCUGAUUCCAUCGAAGCAGAUUCAAAGGAAAAUGCUCCGGAAGAUAAGUCAACGAGUGUAGAAGACAAUCCAGAUUCUGAUGAAAAGGACAAGGAUGAAAAGUCAGAAGAAGGCGAUGGAAAAUCUGAAGCUGAAUAUCAAGAAGAGUCUGCAGAUAGUAUAGAAGAAGUUAAAGAUUCUAAAGAAUCCAAAGAAGUUGAAGAAUCUGUAAAAGAGAAAGAAGGGGCUAAAACCCGAAGUCAAAGGGAAGCUGGUGAGGGUGAUUCGGAAGGAGGGAAAUCUGAUGAAGAAACUAAACACAAUAGUGAUGAAAGUGAAGAGGCUGAAUCCAUGCCAGAGGAGGAGUUGAUUCAAGAAAUUGAAGUUCCCCAAAAUCUGAGGCCACGUGAUCACAUCAACCAAAUUUUGAAGUUAGACGAAGAUAACGAAGUGAAAGAGAAAGCAAUCGCAAAAGCGGCUGAUAUCAUUCUCAGGGAUCUAAAAAGACUUUAUGAUACUGCCAUCAAACCUUUGGAAACUUUAUACAAGUACAGAGAUCUAAGUAACAGACACUUUGGAGAUCCGGAAAUAUUUUCAAAACCUCUGGUACUCUUUAUGGGACCCUGGAGUGGUGGAAAAUCUACGAUCAUUAAUUAUUUGCUUGACAAUGAAUAUACACCCUCUUCAUUAAGAACAGGUAAAACUGGGUCAAACAUAGCAAAACUAAACAAGAAUAUGUCCUCUAAGAUGUCAAUUAAAGUGAAGUGGCUUUUUUAUGUAGGGGCUGAACCUUCCCCUGCUUACUUUAACAUCCUUAUGCAUGGAGAAGAGGAAGAAGUUUUGGAUGGAACACAACUCGCCGCUGAUUGGACCUUCUCAGGACUUCAAAAAUUCGGAGAAGGAAUGCUCGACAGACUCAGGGGUCUUCGUCUCAACAAUAAAUUGUUAGAGAAGGUAAACAUCGUAGAAAUUCCUGGAAUUCUAGAAAUUCGUAAGCAGGUCCAACGACUCUUUCCUUUUAACGACGCCUGCCAAUGGUUCAUCGACAGAGCAGAUAUCAUUUUUCUGGUUUACGACCCUUCCAAAUUAGACGUUGGGCCAGAAACUGAAGCUAUUCUCGACCAACUCAAGGGUCGUGAAUAUCAGACUAGGAUCAUUUUGAACAAAGCUGACCAAGUCAAACCAGAAGAAUUGAUGCGUGUACAGGGAGCUUUAAUCUGGAACAUCUCUCCCCUAAUGUCAAGUGCAGAACCACCAAUUAUGUACUCCACUUCUCUGUGGUCGUUGCCUUAUGAAGCUGGAGCACCAACGAGAUUGCUUUAUGCUCAGGAACGAGCUUUUCUUCGUGAUUUAAGAUCAGCUAUUGACAAGAGAGUGGAGCAUAAAAUCGCAAGCGCCAGAAGAUUCGCAGUGCGAGUGCGCAACCACGCAAAGAUGGUGGACUGCUACUUAACAACUUACUACAACCACAAAUCAUUCUUCGGCAACAAGAAGGAUACAAGCGACAAGAUCAUCGAAAACCCCCAGGAUUAUCAUAUCUAUGAGGGUCUCAGCACUCUCACAAAUAUUUCACGUUAUGACCUUCCGGAUCCGGAUGUCUACCGGGACUUCUUCCAUCUGAAUUCUCUAUACGAAUUUCCUCUACUCAGCACUACGUGCACCUACUUCAAAGGUUGUCCCAUCAACAGGCUCGACGUAGCAAUCGCCUACGAUCUUCCAGAGCUCGUUGGAAAAUAUAGAAAAUCCGUCGAAGCCGCUAUUCACGACAAUGAACCUAGUAGUCCACCAAGUUGAAGAUCCAAAUUCAGCGGUAAAAGGACUUAGGGAUUUUUAAAACCAACCGAAAGAAUUGAGCAGCCGAUCAAAAAUCGAUCCAGAGUAGAGACUCUAGAUCGGAAGACGAUCAAAUAAAAAAUGCGAUGCAAAGCUGGGUUUAAGUUGAUUUCAAUAUUUCAAGCAAUUCUAAAACAUAUUCACUGCCAGAUUAUCACCAAACGAAAUUUUACCAUACACAUUUUCAAUUAAUAUCUAAAGAUUCAUGCUUUCAAGAUUAAUUCAAGAAAUCGAUAUGGCUCAGACUUUCUUCAGUGAUCGAACGUGAGUUGCGUCGAAAGAGAGCAACAUGGACUGCUUUUUAGCUCAGUGAUUUACAGUAUAUUACUGUAUUGUUGUGCUCUCCAUCAAAGUUGAACCGAAAGAGGGAACGUUUCAUUUAGUUUAACUAAUUUAAAGAUAUUUCCAUUGUGUGAUAUGAGAAUGUCGUUCGUGUGAGUGAUGAGAAGAAUGAAAUCUAGUAAGAAAGUAAAUAAAAAACGAAAAAAAAGAGAUAUUUUCGCUUUAAAUUAUACCUCUAAUAAUCGAAGCGCUCGUAUCAAAAUUUCACUAAUAAUUCUCAACAUCUUUUCACCUUUGUAUGUUGUACAAAAGACUUUCAAAACUCGGAUUUGAAUAUGUUCGUUGAUGUUCAAUUUUCAUAAGCUAUUUUAAUUUUAAUCUUAAAUUUAAUUUUUAAUUGUAGGUUUUAAAUUUAAUUUUAAUUUUAAUUAUAAUACCGAUUGUGUAAGUCUUCACCUACCAAUUAUCUUAAGCUAACGUUGAAUUGAGGACGCAAGGACUGCACUUUUAGGAUAAAUGAGGAUUUCCUCUGCGAUGUUAGUGAUUGUUUGUUACAUAGGGAAUCGUAUUUGAAAGCAAGAUCGUGUGCUGUGAGUGCUGUUCGUAUAUAUACAUCACCUUGUACUCUUUCCCAAAUACAAUGCCAUGUAUAUUUUCC